AUGGCAGCCACCUUCAAGGCGAUGGGCAUCCUGGCCCUCGCCAGCUCAACAAUGGCGGUGUCGCCAUACGUCGCCAAUCUCUCCACCAACGCCCAAGGCCUCUUGACUGAGUCCAUGACGUGGAUGGACCAGUACUACGACCGUUCCGCGGGGUACCUCUACGACAUUGGAUCCGCGUCCGCGCUGCGGCACGAGACGCGCAGCUCCGUCUGGUACGCCCUGGGUCUGCUUGCGCGCAACGACGGCGACGACGCUGCGGAGGCCGAGAAGAUUAUCAAGAACACCAUUGGCGCGCAGUUCAAGAACGUCUCGGAGCAAUGGUACGGAGACUACCAAAAGUACGACGGGGAACCGUACGUGGGAUCGCCUUACUACGAGGACAGCAUCUACAACUCGUGGGACCCCAACUGGAGAGGUUUCGUCGGCACGACGCUCGUCAUGGCGUUGGAGGAGUUCCCCCACCUGCUGAGCAACGACACCCAGGAUCUCAUCCUCGAGUCGCUGCACAACACCACAAAGGGAGACGAGUACCGCGUCGGCGGCGUCGACGACGACAACCUCUACCCAGCCUACAGCAAUCCUGCCAUCAUGCGCGCCCUCGUCUCAGGCUACACCGGCCGCCGCCUCAACGACGCCAACAUGACGGCCUCGGGCGAGUCCUACGCCCAGGAGAUCAUCGAUCUCUUUGACCGCGCCAACACGCUCUCCGAGUUCAACUCGGGCACCUACACGGGCGUCUCCCUCUUCGGGCUGAUCCUCUGGUCCAAAUACCUCCCCGAGGACUCGGUCAUGACGCAAAAGGGCCCGCAGAUGCUCGCCGACACGUGGAAGGCCGUCGCGCAGCUGUGGCACCCGGGCAUGAAGAACAUGGCCGGACCCUGGGACCGCGCCUACGGCUACGACAUGAACCGCUACGUCAGCUUGAUGGCGCUCUGGUUCUGGACCUUGAUUGGCAAGGAGAACUCUUCCCUCAUCUCUGCUCCUCAAGUCAUGUCCCACGCCGCCGACUACGCCUGGGCCCCCCUCUUCGCCGUCCUCGCCGACUUCCACGCAAGCCUCCUCCCCGAAGGCCUCGUCGCGAACCUCACCACCUUUGGCAGCGAAGACCGCACCUUCUCCGCCUCAACCUUUUACCCGCCCUACGACCUCGUCCCCCGCAACAUCAGCACCUGGCUCUCGGAAAACCUCACCAUCGGCGCAGAAUCCUUCAAGGAGAACGUCGUCGGCGGGCCCUCCAUCAACCAGGCGUCCUUCAACCCGGCCGUCGUGCAGUGGGACACGGGCGCCGAGAUCGCCUUUAUCUCGCUGUACCCCACCGAGAUGUCGCUCGACGUCGAGGUCGCGCCGAAUAAGCUGAGCCUGAGCUACCCCAACGGCACCGCCGACUCCAUCUUUACGUUUGUCGUCGGUACCUUUAUCAAGAAGCCCACCAUCACCGGCUGGGCUGAUGUUCAGGGCCUGUCUGUGAAUGUCUCGGGCAACGUCAACGAGACGUACGCGCUGUCGUUUGCUGGGUCCAUGGGAGGCACCAGCUCGCCCAUCCGCGACUUUGAGUUUUGGAACUUUACAUACACGCUGCCUCAGGGCUUCGAGGGCACGCCGAGCAUUGUCCUCGACUUGAACUUGUUGUAA